AUGAGGAAGCGUCGUGAUGUGGGAGAGCGCCUGGCCGCUGCCGCCCAAGGUACCAAUGGACCGCUUGAGGACUGGGCUGCGUUUGCGUUCGCCGGCCGCGCCUCUCGCCAAGUCUUGCACCUCCUGAUUUCUUCUGGGCGCGUCUCACGCCCUUUCCAAACUGCUGGGGCCUGCGACAAACCUCCACCUCCGCAUCUCAACUUCACCAAUUGUCUUCAACGACGUCGCCUGCGCGGUAGUAUUCGUCUGCUCUCCAGCCCCGGUCCCUUCCCUUCUCUACCAGCUACGCCAGCCUACGACUCAACCUACCUUUUCGGUCUUCUACCACCCACGCAACUGUCCAUCACCAAUACCACGCCUCGCCGCGCCCCAUUUGCCAGCCAUGCCAUCCCUCUCCGCGUUCCCGCCGACCGUCUCGACCUCCCCGUCGGCACCGCCUGCCUUCAUCUGAAGCUUCUUGGCGCGCUCCAAACGUCAGACGGCCCCUCCUUUGGCGCCAAAAGCUAUCCCCAUCUCCUCGAGUCCUUUCAGGCUCACCGCUCACGGCUUCACCCCAGUAUCUGCCUGCCGGCCAGCCUUUUGGCUGUGGUCCUAACUGAACGACCUGGUUCUCGAUCCCCACAGAGAGCAGAAAGAGUUACCCUUCAGCUGGGAAGGCCUGACGCUCUGUCCCUCUUUCCCUCUGCCUCGACCACUCGACGGUCCGUCCUCGGUGUCCGGCGCGCAACUUGCUCAACUCGACAUUGGCGCUGCGUUUUCGUCUCCAUCAUCAUCAAGAGAACUCAAUCUGAAUGCGACGUCGCCCAUAAGGUCCAACGACAGUCUUCAGCAGAGUCGGCUUGGCGAAUCCCGAAUGCCGUCUUGGUGGCCAAGGACGUCGUCAUCUCCAUCAUCACCAAGGGUUUCCAGCCAGUUUUUCUGCGACGCAUAAACCACGCAGCUGGUGUCUGGUCAUCGGCGAGCGUGAGCCAAGACGACUUCUCCUCAUAUUUCGUCAGCACCGCCCGUAACAUUCGGCUUGUCAAGUUGUCACUGAUGAACCGCACCGCGGCUGGGACGUCUCAGCGAGAAACACUGGCGUUGAUUCUCUCGCCACCUAAGAUUCUGUCUACAUGGAACUCGUGUAUCGAUUCUUUGGCUCCGAGCACAUGCCUGAAGAGAAAGCAAUGCGCCAAAAGGCGGCAAGCGAACGGACAAUCGCCGCUCCUUCAGAACAAUGAUUCUAUAAGCAUGAUGAAGCCGCGGCGACGGCACUCAGUCAUACUCCUUCAUCGCAAAGGAGAAGUUGAGCUAGACAUGCGUAUCCCUCGCGUCCCUCGCAUCCCGAAGCAGACCACUCGCCCCAAUUCGGAUGCCAGCUCUCUGCUCCGAGCAGUCAACGUCGUACUAGAACUCUUCUCCGCAUGUUGCAACCUAAGCAAGCUUGCUUCUGCCCCUUGUUUCGCACUUCUCGGCGUCUCGACGUUCCAUUGUGCCCUGCAGCACUUGGCACUUGGCUGCUUGUCCCGCCGUGCCUCUCCGCUCGCUAGUGCAGGCCUCUAUUGUCCGCCGAGAGACACCAGCAAAAUAAGCUUCUACUGCCCAGGCCCUAAUCGCAAUGAAGUGUUGACGGUUACCAUAAGUGAACAACAACAACAACAAGCGAAAGAGUAUCGAAAGCCUGGCGUCUAA